CAUGGAGCGCUGUAAGAGACGUACCCCAGGCAGCACAAUGUCCAGGCGAGCGUCCUUUAGUUCCAUAGAAUGUGAAGUUUGUCAGAUUUAGCUUUAGUUGCAUUGGACUGCGUUGCGUUGCCCUCGUUCUCAACUAGUUGAGGAUACUCUCUUGAAUUUAAUUACAUAUUCUUCCAUGUUCGUCAACACACAACGACCAAUUUGAGUGAUAACUAUUUCUGGUAGUUAAUCUAGGGAUAUCAGUGACAUCUCAGGGCUCCAUGCUUGUGGUCAGUUGCCAUGUAGACAUGGUACUCCGUGCUCUAAUAUCUCCUCUACAAUUAAAAAUGGGGCCAGUGGGAAAGUUCGGAGUUUCGUUUCGAUCGUGUGGAAUGUGCGAAGGUUUUGUUCUACAGGAACCUUCUUCAAAUGCAUGGUUCAAACUCUGGACUGCGCGCAUAAUGGCUCAAAUUAGGGGCAAAGCUGCAUUUCCUCUACUGCUAGAAGAUGUGAACUACCGUAUCGCAAUUCCUGAGAUGGUGCUGAAAAAGUACUUUUCAGCGGUAUAUCGAAGUCCCCGAAAGAACCAACGAGCUUCCCAAUCAUUAUGAAAAAUCCGAGCCGCUCGGAUUUUUAUGACGAUAAAUAUCCGACUUCUCAUUCGAAUGGUGAAGUCGGUCACUCGAUCCGUCGCCGGUCGCUGCUUCAAGAGUCGUGGAUAGAGAGCUCCGUCUUCUGCUGCUGCGUUGCGGAAAGAGAUUUUUCUGCGGAGUAGGAGUCGGGUCCGAAGGCUGUCGGCUAUGAAAUCGUCCGGACGUCGAUGUAGAGCCGUGAAGGCAGCGCCGCGCGACCCGAUGCCUCUCGAUUCACAGAUCUGGAGACAAGCGAUGCCGGAAUUACGUCGGUUGGAACGGUUUAGGCGCGAAUCGGAGGUCCAGAGUCCGUCUGGCCACUUGCUUGGCAACCAUCGAAGUCCAAUACAUGUCUUCUUUCGAGGUAGUCUUGAGACGAUCGCGGAUCGCGUCGACCUUCUUCUGGUCCGCUUCGGUCGUCAAGUAGCGCAGCUUCAUCGCUUGACAAGCCUUGGCUGUGGUACCUGACCGCCCGUACGGAUCGAAGACCAGCGAAUUCCUCCGCAGCUUCAGGGCAUGAAGAAUUGCCAAGGCGAGGUAAAUGGGGAACUCACGACCGGGAUGAGAAUCGCCAUACAUCCACACAUUUCCCCACCUGAAUGUGGACCAGUGCAAACUGAAAUUGGGCCCAGUUUCUUUGCGGAGCCAAUAUAUUCGCUCGUCCUUAGGCCAAAACCUUUGGAGACUCCUGCUGGGUUUGUUGCCUUUGUCCCAAACAAUUUCCUGCCGCACGAUCCACGAGGACUGGGUGAUCCACGACGAGGGGUGGAAGAUCUUGUUUCCACAAUGUUGCACUUUGUGAGCGUAAAACAGGUGCCCGCCCGGUUUGGUCACUCGGUAAAGUUCAUCGAGUAGGGCAACUUGCGAUUUUUCGUAUGCCGCCCACGCUUCAGAUUUCUGGUCGGUGGUAAGAUUCGACCGAAGAGGAGGGCUCGUGAUUGUGCAAUGUAGUAGAUCCGAUGGCAAGCUCUUGACGUAGGUCAGGCAGUUGGUCAGAACGACUUGAUUAUCGUAUUGUCUGACUUUGUCAUUGGCUCUGCGCACGACCUUCCUGCUGCUGCUGCUGCUGCUGCUGCCGCCGCCGCAGGCCUGCCGUUUGGCAGGUCGCGGAGGCGAUCUCUUCCUCGCGACCGAACAACGAGCUAAACCGAAGAGCGAACGACGCUUGCUUCGCUUCACUUUAGCCCUAAAUCGACACCGAGCGGCUCGACUGGCAAAUCGAAAUGCUCGGUGUUUUGCCUUAAACCACAACACCUUGCGUCUGCGCUGGGUCGACGACGAGGAUUUAUGUCCAUAGCGUUUCCGCCGAUUCGAACAUCGGACCUUCCUCCUGCUGAGAGUAUACUUCCUUCGCCACUUGCGGCGCACGAUUGGCGAUCGGCUCCUGUGCCUCCUCUCCGAGUCGCGCUUGCCGCUCGACUUCAUGAUGUCUCAAUUCAGCGCACUAGAGUGCCGGCCGGGCACAUCACAUGACCCACGUCAUGUCUGCACUCUGCCUCGAGCGAGCGAUCGAGUCCAUCGGGGACGAUGUCCGAAGAGGAAUCAGCGGAGCUUUUGGGCC